AUGCAUCAUAUUUUACAUACUGGUCGACUUUUUCAACAUGAAAUUAUUAUUAUUGCACGACGAUAUACAGCUAAAUCAACAUCAUUUUACGUUGAAUGUAAUACAGAUGAUUUUAUUACAUUUUGUCUAGAAAUUAAACAUUCAACAGGAAAAGUUAUUUUGUCUCAAUCAGGUUCCAAUUCAAUUUUUAAUCAUGAAAAAAUAUCUUGUACAUUUUCUAAACUGGAUCUUGAUCUAAAUCAAUUAAAUUAUAUUCAUAUAAGUGCUGGAGCUCGUACAGUACCUAUUCGAAAUUUGCUCGUCACUUUUGAAAAACAAAUCGAUCUCGGGUAUUUUUAA